CCACAAUGGAAUGCAAACAAUGUGGUGAACGUCCAAGUCCGUCCUGCUGUAUGUACCGCUUGUGGGGGAGAGCGGAGACCGGGGGAGCCGAGCCUGGCCCGAGAGCUGAGCAGAGACAAGGCCGUACACAGCUUGGAAUGUGCCUCUGUGACUGCUGAGGAGUUGACGCCAAAAGGAAAGAGGAGGAGGUGAAGGAGGAACUUUCAGCAACUUCCCAAAGAGAAAGGAGACGUCCUAUUCCUUGGAUUUUUUUCCCCCCCCUUCUGUUACAUUAAACUCCGUGCCUCUGUAAAGGAAACUACUAUGCGAUUAACUGAAAGGUGGCACUGCCAGGACUGGGACACUCGCCAAGGUUGAGAAUGUGGAACUCCUCCUUAUUUGGAUGGUAUAGGAGCUAUUCUUACACAACCCUGGAUCCUGUACCUGGACAAUGUGUGAUUGAUAAACACGACUGAACAGCCUAUGGUGACCUGGUGGAAUAGAGCGAUUGUAUGCUGAGCAUAUUAACCUGGAUUAACCAUGAGGCCAAAAACUUUUCCUGCCACCACCUAUUCUGGAAACAGCAGGCAGAGACUGCAGGAGAUCCGGGAAGGCUUGAAGCAGCCACCAAAGCCGGUGGCUCAGGGUUUAUCUGUUGGGCACAGCAAUGAUUCUCUGCAGGUUCUGCAUAGCAAAGACGCAGCAAGACAGCAGCAACAGCAGCAGCAGCAGCUACGACACCCUCCCAAAUUUGGCCCUUAUCAAAAAGCAUUACGGGAGAUCCGUUACUCCUUGCUGCCUUUCGCCAAUGAAUCUGGCAAUGUGGCUGCAGUAGAAGUGAACCGGCAAAUGUUGCAGGACCUGGUGAAAGUGGGCUGUGAUCAGGAAAUGGCAAUUAGGGCUUUGAAGCAGACAGGGAGUAGAAGCAUUGAAGCAGCUUUGGAAUUUAUCAGUAAGAUGGGUUAUCUGGACCCUCGUAAUGAGCAGAUUGUCCAAGUCAUCAAACAGACAUCACCAGGUAAAGGCACAAGCCCAAAUAAUGUUCUUCAUCGAUCAAGUUUUGAAGGACCAAGUGAACCAUUUCCACCAUAUCAUCCAGUUAAUAAUCCACCAUACGAGGGACCUGGCUUUCCUGCUGAUGGUUCCAAUGUGCUUAAUGAUGUACCACGGCAAUACAUGGACUACUUGCUCUCUGGUCCCCAGGCUGGGGCUAUGAAUGGACCAUCACAGAGGCAACCAGCACACAACUCUCCUGGAAGCCACCAACAUCAGCAGAAGGCUUAUGCCACCGGUGUUGAGUCUCCUGCAAUAACUUACACUAUGGGGAACCACACCAGUCAAGGUCUACCCUUGCAGCCAUCCCAUUCUUCAAACAGUCCCCAUUAUAGCCGACAGCACCUUAUUGUCCAGGGGGACCCUAUGGGAUACAGUGUCCAAAGAACCCCAUCAUUUCAAAACAAAAUGCAACAAGAAAGCAAUUAUGUAAAUAUUCAGGGCAAAGGUUCAGUGCCACAAACUAGCCCAGGUCAUACAUAUCAACAAGCACCAGGAGGCCUUUACAUGCCACAUCCUCACCACAAGCAGUCAAGUCCUUCCUCUCACCAGAUGCUGGUUAUGUCAAGGGGAUCUCCCUAUGGAAAUGAGUAUCCUGACACACCACAGAAUCCUUUUCCACCAUCACAGAAUAGCCUAAACAUGGAUAUAUAUGAUAUGGGUGGUGUUUGCCAAUGGUCAAAUACCCAGCACCGCCGUGAUUCUCUUCAGGGGCCUGGAAUAGAUACUUCUCCACGACAACAUGUCUCUUUUAGAACCGAAUCCCAAGUACCAAGCAGAACCAACUCUUUCAAUAACCACCAACAGUCUAAACAGGUGCAACUUCGGCAAACUCCUCAAAGCAAACCUGAUCCAACAAUGGCUUCACUUAAUACCAUCACUACUGUUACUGCCACCCAGAUUCUCCAGCCAGUGAAGAGCAUGAGGGUGGUUAGACCAGAGCCUCAGACAGCCGUUGGUCCAUCCCAUCCUGGAUGGCUAGCAUCACAAGCACAGAUGGCAGAAAAUGUAGAGAUGCAUGAGCCACAUCCAUUAUCUGUCAGUGGGCCAGGUCCUUAUGGGAUUGAAGUGGAUUAUGGCAACCAGGACAUGAGAUUUCCACCACCACCUUAUCCAAAGCAUCUUUUUCUCCAGAACAGCUCCGAACAGCAUGAUAUGAACUCUUUAAGUAAAGGUGUAGAGCAGAACCUUCGUAUUGUUGAUAAUGUAACUUGCAACCAAGCAGAGGAAGCCAGUGCAGAAGUAAAACGUGAGAAAGCAAGCAAGAGUUCCAAGACCACGAAAUCUGGAAAGGACAAAAAGCAGAUUCAGACAUCUCCUGUACCAGUGCGUAAAAAUAGCAAAGACGAGGAGAAGAGGGAAUCCAGAAUUAAAAGCUAUUCUCCUUUUGCCUUUAAAUUCUACAUGGAACAGCAUGUGGAGAACAUCCUGAAAACCUAUCAGCAAAAGAUCAAUAGAAGGUUACAGUUGGAACAAGAGAUGGCAGAGGCUGGUCUCGGUGAAGUUGUCCAAGAGCAAAUGCGGAAAAUUCUAUACCAAAAGGAAUCCAACUACAACAGACUAAAAAGAGCCAAAAUGGACAAGUCUUUGUUUGUGAAGAUUAAAACUCUGGGCAUUGGUGCCUUUGGUGAAGUAUGCCUUGCCAGUAAAAUGGACACCAAAGCUCUUUACGCCAUGAAGACUUUGAGAAAAAAGGACGUGUUGAACAGAAACCAGGUGGCACACGUCAAAGCUGAGAGGGACAUCCUAGCGGAGGCCGACAAUGAGUGGGUAGUGAAGCUUUACUACUCCUUCCAGGACAAAGACAACUUGUACUUUGUGAUGGACUAUAUCCCGGGAGGAGAUAUGAUGAGCCUACUUAUUCGAAUGGAAGUGUUUCCUGAGCACCUGGCCAUGUUCUACAUCGCAGAGCUCACUCUGGCCAUUGAGAGUGUCCACAAGAUGGGGUUUAUUCACAGGGACAUCAAACCUGAUAACAUCCUUAUAGAUCUGGAUGGCCACAUAAAGCUAACGGACUUUGGUCUUUGUACGGGAUUCAGGUGGACACAUAACUCUAAAUACUACCAGAAAGGGAACCACAUUCGGCAGGACAGUAUGGAACCCAGUGAGCUGUGGGACGACGUGUCUAAUUGCAGGUGUGGAGACAGACUGAAGACAUUGGAACAGCGAGCUAAGAGACAGCACCAUCGAUGUCUUGCUCACUCGCUAGUAGGGACUCCCAAUUACAUUGCCCCUGAAGUCCUCCUGCGCAAAGGAUACACUCAGCUCUGUGAUUGGUGGAGUGUGGGGGUUAUUCUCUUUGAGAUGCUAGUUGGACAACCUCCUUUCCUAGCAUCCAACCCAACAGAAACACAGCUAAAGGUAAUAAACUGGGAGAACACACUUCACAUUCCCCACCAGGUUAUCCUGAGCCCAGAAGCAACAGAUCUAAUUACCAAGCUUUGUUGUGCAGCAGAGAACAGACUGGGGAGGAAUGGAGCUGAUGAAAUAAAGGCUCACCCCUUCUUUAAUACCAUGGACUUCUCUAAUGACAUUCGGCGGCAGCCAGCACCUUAUGUCCCAAAAAUCAGUCACCCGAUGGACACUUCAAACUUUGAUCCGGUGGAUGAGGAAAGCCCCUGGAACGACAGCGGGGACAGCACAAUGGCCUUGGACAUAUUCAUGUCUCCCAACAACAAACACCCAGAACAUGCCUUUUAUGAGUUCACUUUCCGCAGGUUCUUUGAUGACAACGGUUACCCAUUCCGCUACCCUAAGCCGUCUCGUGCGGAAGCGCUGCCUUCUGAAGAGCUGCGGGAAGAAAGUACCGGUAGGACACAAUCUGGUGAAACUGAAAGCUGCCAGCCAGUCUACGUGUGAACUAAACCGACACAUUUUAGAAAAUGUUCAUAGUAUUAUUUGCCAACAAGAUCUUUCCAUUUCUGGGAAAUAAAUGCGACUAUGUGUCCAUAAAAUGCACAGGAUUCUGAAGGAAGUUGCCACCAUCUUGCCAUUAAAUAUGACAGUAAGGAGAAGAACAUAUGUAUCUGAACAACUGGUGAACUUUGGAUGUUCUUGGUACUUUUUUUUUUUUUUUGCACCUCACCAUUUUGACCUUUACAUAUAACCGUCUCACAAGGCCAUUUCUUGACGUGAGCUGGAUAUGCUUCGAAGGUCUCGGCAAAUAACCAAAGAUGAUAAAGCCAGAUGAAGGCUACAGUUUGUUUACUUUGUUCUCUGUAUGCAAGCAACAAGAUGUUACUCGGGGUAGUUGGACAACUCAGUUGGUCUGAACUGGCAGCAGAAUAUCACUUGGUGGGCGUACUACCCCUUUACUUUUCAUGUCUACAGAAGAGGCACAUUCUGUGUUUGGAGAACUUAAACCAUAUUCUUAAACCUCCAUCCUUUCCGCUUGCUGCAUUCUGGCUUUUAAAAUUAGAAAAGGGUCCGCUCACUUCAAUGUAUUAUUCCUAUUUAUCUUCCCACCCAUCCCAUACUGUGACACACAAUAGCCAGUAUGGCAGUGGACUGCAGUGCAGAUAAAGUGAAAUCUGCUGGGAUCCAUAAUUAUCGGAAAUGUUAUUUUGUGACCAUUGAAGGAGCCUAUCGUUCCACACAAAGUACAUGCCAUAUAUUUGUAUUGUACCUGUAAAACAUCAGUUACUGAAGACCUCAACAAUAAUCUAUAUAUAUAUUUUUUAGAAAGAGCACUUAUAUAUUUUCUAAUAUGUACGUUUAUAUAUGUCUUUGCAGAAUUUUAACAUGACAUAACAUGC